GUUCCUAACAGCCCUGAUCUACCCCCAAGCUCUUUUGAUUCCCCCACAGUCUUUUCUUGCCAAUUCUGUUUCCUUGUCGUUCGCCUUCUGCCUGACUUGGUUGUCAGACUUCAUUUUCAAAAUGCCCAAGGAGAAGGCUACUCGCAAGACCAAGGGUCGUGGUGUUGAGCGUAAGAAGAAGGACCCCAACGCUCCCAAGCGUGGUCUCUCCGCCUACAUGUUCUUCGCCAACGACAACCGCGAGAAGGUUCGCGAGGAGAACCCUGGUAUCUCCUUCGGUCAGGUUGGUAAGAUGCUCGGAGAGCGGUGGAAGGCCCUGAGCGAUUCGGAGCGCCGCCCCUACGAGGAUAAGGCUGCUGCCGACAAGAAGCGUUACGAAGACGAGAAGGCCAGCUACAACGCUGCCGCCGAAGAGGAUGAGGAGUCCUCUUAAAGCUCCCCAAUCCCCUAGGUCUUAUUGCGUGGACCCAACGGCGUUUGUGUCUUUUCUCGUGUGACGUGUAUUUGUGGCUUUCUAUAUUCUAUUAUCUAUUCAACGGCUUCUGGUACGGAUGACGGUGGUGGUUUCCUCUCCUUGCUUUUCUGUUCAUGAAGGAUAUCAAUGGGAAAUGU